AUGGCAGGGCCUGAAUCAACUAAACAGACCGCAGCUACAAACGCCAAGGUUCAGGCUCAGCCAACAAAACCAGGGGUUCGCAGGUUUGUUGGAGUCCGGCAAAGGCCCUCGGGCAGAUGGGUGGCAGAAAUCAAGGACUCAUCUCAACGUGUGAGACUAUGGUUAGGAACAUAUGAUACACCAGAAGAAGCUGCCAGAGCCUAUGAUGAAGCGGCUCGAGCCCUACGUGGGGAAAAUGCUCGAACCAAUUUUGCCUCCGUUCAUCCUUCGAUCCAAUCGGGUUCCUCCCCUUCUAAUGGAGGUUUCAUAUCUGAGUCAGAUUAUCAGCGCCCUGGAUUUAGCUUCUCUACCUUGAAGGCCAAACUGAGCAAGAACCUACAAAGUAUCAUGGCUAGGAAUUCAGAAAAUAAUAAGUCAACAAAAAGUAGAGUGAGUGAUCACUGCACUUUUGCUAGUAUAUUCCACUUCAGGAGCUACCAAUACCAAAGCUUCAUGAGCAUAAAGAACAUUGAAAAAGUUGUGCAACCUAGCAUCAUCGUGCCCCAUGUAGCAGACGAGCCAACAUCUUGGGAAAGCUCUAGUGUUUCUGAUUGUAGCAGUGAAUGGAUCGGGUUCCGGCAACCUGGGGUGGAUUCAGAUGGGUCAGAUAUUGGAGAAGUUAGCGUUGGAGAUCAUGGGUUCAUGGAUCAAAUGACCGGGUGGAUUGAUGGCCCAGAAAUUAGUGCCAGCCAUGAAGGUUCGAGGAGUAAGAGGUUCAAGGUUUCUUCUUCUGUUGUGGUUCCUCCAACCUUUAGUGGGUCUCCACCAAAUCUGUGA